AACUCCUCCUCCUCCAGGAUUGUUUUACAUCCGACUCACACGGACAAGCUCCAGACACUGUUAGAAAGGAUCGGGGUGACUUCUAUCUCACCCAUUCUAACUCCUUUUGCUUCCUCUGAACCCUUUUCUAUCGCAUGCACCUCUCUCCCAAAGAAGACGAACCAGCACUCCAAAGUGCUCCCUAUACUGGAGUUUGAUUUCUAUUGCAUCUCUGCGGACUUGGGCAGAUCUUCUCGGGCAGAAACUUGCAAGACAUUUUCAUUCAUUUUUCCCCAAAAGAAAGUUCAGAGUUCUGAAAAGUUAUAAAGUGAAAUUAGUUCCUAUUCGUGUUUUGAUUUUGAUUCCGUUGUUCUAAAUGCUGACCGAGUCCUGCGGGCUGAUGGGAUCGGACGUCCGAGAUCUGACUCCCCUCAUGCCCGCCGUACCCACUCUACCACCUCUUCCAGGUCCAAACAGCGGCGCUCCUCAGUGGGGUCCGAUAGUCGACUUCCACCCUGGCUCUCCAUAUGGAGCUCUGACUUCACACUCGUUGAUCAAGCAGGAGCCUGGCUGGGGGUCAGUAGACACCCAUGAUGAUCCUCACUGCACCCUCGGAGCCUUCACUGUGCACUUUUCAGGGCAGCUGACCGGAGGCUGCAGGUACGGGGCGUUCACAGAGUCAUCUUCUGGGCAGAACAGGGGGUUCAGCACCAACCCAUAUCUGAAUGGCUGUGCUGAAAAUCCUCCAAUCCCAAGGGCAGAUGUGGAUGGAGCACUGAGUUUUUCUCACACACCUGUUCAUCACUCGUCACCUUUUCCUUGUUCUCACCCUUUUAAACAUGAGGAUGCUCUGUCUCAGACCACUGUGGAUGAGCAGCAGUACAUGGCCCCGCCCCCUGUCUAUGGUUGCCACACCCCUAGCGACAGCCAGACUCUACUUUUACGAAACAGCUACAACAGUGAUAAUCUGUACCAAAUGGCUGAGUGUAUGACCUGGAACCCAGUCAACAGUCUGACCUCCACCAUAAAGAGUCCGACUACAGGAUUCGAGAGCGAGCCCACGGCAGCUGUUGCUCCUGUGAUGUACAGUGCUCAGUACCACAUACACACACAUGGCAUGUUCCGAGGAAUUCAGGAUGUGAGACGAGUCCCGAGCAUCCCGCCCUCCAUCGUGAGGUCGGCCGAACCCAAUGAGAAGCGCCCAUUUGUGUGUUCGUACCCGGGCUGCAGCAAGAGAUACUUUAAACUCUCACACCUCCAGAUGCACGGAAGGAAACAUACAGGAGAGAAACCGUACCAGUGCGACUACACGGAUUGUGGCCGCCGAUUCUCCAGAUCCGACCAGCUAAAGAGACACCAGCGUAGACACACAGGAGUAAAACCAUUUCAGUGUGAGACGUGUCAGAGAAAGUUCUCACGCUCUGACCACCUCAAGACUCACACGCGGACUCAUACAGGUAAAACAAGUGAGAAGCCGUUUACCUGUCGCUGGCCGAGCUGUCAGAAGAAGUUUGCUCGGUCGGACGAGCUCGUCAGACAUCAUAGCAUGCAUGAGAGGAACGUCACCAAACUGCAGUCGUCUCUCUGAACUCCCACAAUCCUUACACACAUACAAUCAUUAACUAACUCCUGGUGAUUAUUAAAACAGACCCGACGACGGCAAUGCCCAAGACUGAACACUCAAUUAUUAACCUCAUUAAACUGCUUUGGAAUAUAAAAGUAAUCCCCAGAAAAAAUAACAAACAAAAGGCUUCAGAGGCCUGAAUGAAGGAAUAAUUUAGAUCAUCUCAUGCUGUAAAUAACUCAUGAAUUGAGCUCUUUAAUGGAUAAACUGGCUCACAUAGAAUUAUGAUCAUUUCUGAUUUUAUAAACGUGCCCUUUUUUUUAAUUAAAACAAAAAUGCACUGUUAUGUAUUUUUUGUAUAUACUGUAUGUUAAUCGUUGACAGACUUUUAAUAUCCAUAUUUUGUAUUAAAAAUCUUCUUAUACAAAUCAA